CUUUGACUGCCUCGGGCUAAGUUAAUAGUUCUAACCAUAUGGUUUAUGCUUUUUUAAUAUAUGGUUCUAACAAUGAACUUAAGUCUUCAGACGCUUUAGGGAAAGCGGGCGCAGGUGUGUUGAAUUUAGGCAAUCGCUGAACUGAUUAAUCAGCUCAGUCUAUUUGGAUGCGGCGCUCCAGGAACAAAGUUGCGUUCGUCAUUUGCUUGCUUCUUUUCCUGUCUGAUGUCCUUAAUGGUUUCCUACCAUAACAUUUGAUUGCUGACUGUUUAGGUGGCCUUUAAAAAAAAAAAAAAAACUUUUUUAUUUUUUGGGUCGGAAAUGUGGACUUUGUGUCUUCUCUGCGUCUGUUUACCCCGGUUGUCGUACAGUGAUGCAGAAACGGUUGCUAACGUCGCGGCUGAAGGCAGCGCGGAGCUGCAGAGGGUUCGGAACCUUGCCGCUCAACCGCGCUAUGGUGAAUGUUGGUCUACCGCGCUGGAGAAGAUCGACGCGCGUUGCAGAGAAUUCACAGUUGACAUGCAGAGUAGGAUUGCCCUACUUUUCACCCACUGUCACCUGCGCAAAUCUGGCCGUCCGUUCCCAGCAUGUCCGGAGGGCAGCGAAGUCAGUAGCUGUACUAGAACCAUGGACCCUGUUGCCUUCAACGCCUACACGGAGUUCUUCACCCAUGCCCACAGCAUCUGUCAACACCUGCAGAGCGAGAGCUGGCAACAUCAGGCCGAGAACACCAUCCACAGGUUAACAGAGAGCUCAGCGGGGGUGGUGGAGCAACUCUCCUCUACCCAGCGUAUGGCUGAGAACCUUGUGGAGGCCCAGAGCGUCGCCCUCAAGUCACAGGAGACCAUCCUACGCAACGGGGAGGAGCUCAAACACACUCUGCACCAUUCUACCCAAGGCCUCAGAGCAGUGUUUGAUGAGAUGAGACUGUCAGCCCAGGAACAGCAGGUAGCGUUCUCAGAGAUCUUCAACCGCGUUGCUUUCCUUCAGAGUUUCAUCAUGUCGGAGUCUCACACCCUCACCAGUCUACUCUACAACUCACUGGGGUUCCUCGCUUCCUUCUUCCUCACUGCAACACAGCGGACCGCUCCAGCCAGGUUUGUUCUGUUUGGUCUGGUAGUGCUGAACGUGUACCUGGAGAGGAUGCUCUGUAGAGUUGUGCUGGACUCCUCCGAACCAGGCUACCAGCAGAUGGAACAAAUCAGCCUGUUGGUGGGCCUCCUCAGAAGAGCCAUGGUCCUAGUGGGGCUGCUGGCUCUGGUCUACGUUGCUGUACGUUAUCGUAACGUCGCCAAAGAGAGCUUGGAGAUUCUCACCCAACUCAAAGAGACUCGUACAAGUCUUCAGCUGGCCCUGCAGAAAGCAGAGUGUCUCUCUAAGGCGGCAGACGGGAGGAGUGGAGCAAGAGGUCGAAGGUCAGAAGAACAAUGCAGUACGAGGAAGGAGGAGAUCAGGGAAGAAGAGCACAGCACUGUACUGCUGUAUCCUACUGAUCAGGGAUCAGAGAAACCCUACAUGUCUCACACCUAUGAUGGCAGGCAGUAUGACACCAGUUACGGCACCCCUGGAGGACAGGAGACCUCGACCCAGAACCAGAGCACCCUGCCCAGCCCCGCAAGACCUCAGCGUCGCUCUUCUGUCUCUAGACGCGCCCCGUCCUCCCCUUUGGUCUACAGUAUAUUGGUGGAAGAUAAGAAGACACACUACAAUCUGAGGAACCGGAGGUCUUCUGUGUCAAGGCUGGGGACAGACUGAGAGAUGGACUGUAAUGGGGCUGGGGACAGACUGAGAGAUGGACUGUAAUGGGGCUGGGGACAGACUGAGAGAUGGACUGAGAUGGGGCUGGGGACAGACUGAGAGAUGGACUGAGAUGGGGCUGGGGACAGACUGAGAGAUGGACUGUAAUGGGGCUGGGGACAGACUGAGAGAUGGACUGUAAUGGGGCUGGGGACAGACUGAGAGAUGGACUGAGAUGGGGCUGGGGACAGACUGAGAGAUGGACUGUAAUGGGGCUGGGGACAGACUGAGAGAUGGACUGUAAUGGGGCUGGGGACAGACUGAGAGAUGGACUGUAAUGGGGCUGGGGACAGACUGAGAGAUGGACUGAGAUGGGGCUGGGGACAGACUGAGAGAUGGACUGUAAUGGGGCUGGGGACAGACUGAGAGAUGGACUGUAAUGGGGCUGGGGACAGACUGAGAGAUGGACUGUAAUGGGGCUGGGGACAGACUGAGAGAUGGACUGUAAUGGGGCUGGGGACAGACUGAGAGAUGGACUGUAAUGGGGCUGGGGACAGACUGAGAGAUGGACUGUAAUGGGGCUGGGGACAGACUGAGAGAUGGACUGUAAUGGGGCUGGGGACAGACUGAGAUGGACUGUAAUGGGGCUGGGGACAGACUUUUUAUGGACUGAGAUGAUUCAUGCUUGACCCUGAGAGUUGUUGAACUACGGUCAACCUGUCUGGUUCACAGCAGUGAAGCGGCUGAGAACACGAUAUGGGGCGAAAUAAUAUUGGCCAUUUUCUUGACCGUGAAUAGUGCUGCUCUUCAGGAAGUAAAAUGCAAAACUGUCUCUUAAUCUUGUGUUUUUAAAUAAAUGUAAGCUUUUAAAUGUUUUGCUACGUGUGUGUGUGUAUAUAUAUGACUAUCAAGCUCCAAUAAAACAAUUUUAACCUUU